UCUUCAAAGUUUAUCUCUAAGCUAUCCUUGCUUCCUCUCUCUCUCUAUAUAUACUCUCAGCACUGGUUUUGUUCAAGAAAGUCCUUACCAUCUAGCCCAAGCUUAAAGACAUUCUGAUCUGAAUUCCUCUUUCACUGCAUUCAUCAAUGGAAUCAAACCCUUCUCCAGUUGAAAUGUUCUUUCUCCCAUUUGUAGGUGGAGGCCACCAAAUCCCCAUGAUAGACAUAGCCAGAAUCUUUGCUUCUCAUGGUGCCAAAUCCACAAUCAUAACCACUCCUAAGCAUGCUCUAUCCUUCCAGAAAUCCAUUGACCGUGACCAGAAAUCCGGUCGCCCAAUCUCCAUCCACAUCCUCGAGUUACCGGAUAAUGUCGACAUAGCUGAUACAGACAUGUCUGCUGGUCCUUUCACUGACACUUCUAUGCUUCGAGAACCUUUCCUAAAUCUUUUGCAUGAAUCUAGACCUGAUUGUAUUGUUCAUGAUGUGUUUCAUCGGUGGUCUGGUGAUGCUAUUGAUGGUGCUGGUAUUCCAAGAAUUACUUUCAGUGGAAAUGCAUGCUUCCCUAAAUGUGUCCAAGAAAAUAUGAGAAGAUUUAAACCUCAUGAGAAGGUAAGCUCUGAUCUGGAGCCUUUUGUUGUUCCUGGUCUGCCCGACAGGAUUGAAUUGACUAGAUCUCAGUUAGCACCCUUUGAAAGGAAUCCUCGGGAAGAUGAUUAUCUUAGAAGGUCUGUGCAGCAGAGUUUUGGGGUUGUAGUUAACAGCUUUUAUGAAUUGGAGCCAGCUUAUGCAGAACUUUUGCAAAAGGAAAUGGGGAACAAGGCAUGGCUUGUAGGACCUGUUUCGCUGUGUAACAGGAAUAUAGAAGAUAAAGCUGAGAGAGGCCAGAAGACAGCCAUGGAUCAGCAAAGCAUUUUGAGCUGGCUUGACAGUAAAGAACCUAAUUCGGUUCUUUAUAUCAGUUUUGGGAGCUUAGCUCGUUUAUCUCAUGAACAACUCCUCGAAAUUGCUUAUGGUCUCGAGGCAUCCAACCACCAGUUCAUUUGGGUGGUCGGAAAGACCCUCAAAUCCACCGAGGAAGAAGAAGAAAAUGUUUUCCUUGGUGGAUUUGAAGAUCGGCUCAGAGAAUCCGGAAAGGGACUAAUUAUAAGAGGAUGGGCACCGCAGUUGCUAAUAUUAGAGCACAAUGCUGUAGGAGGAUUUGUGACUCAUUGUGGAUGGAACUCGACUUUAGAAGGCGUGAGUUGUGGAGUACCAAUGAUAACAUGGCCAAUUACAGCAGAGCAAUUUACUAACGAGAAGUUGAUCACUGAUGUGUUGAAGAUUGGGGUGAAGGUGGGAAGUAUGGAAUGGUCGUCGUUUAAAGAUCCGCCGCUGGGGGCAACAGUAGGAAGAGACAAGGUGGAGACAGCAGUGAAAAGACUAAUGGCUGAGGGUGAGGAGGCAGCAGAGUUUAGAAGGAGAGCUAAAGAGCUUGGAGAGAAAGCCAAGAGAGCUGUUGAAGAAGGUGGAUCAUCUUAUAAAAAUGCAGAUGCUUUAAUUCAGGAACUCAUAUCUCUCAAGAGAAAUUGAGACUUUGCAAGUGGAAAACAUGAACAUGAGUCAUAGAGAACUGUAAUUUUCCUGAUGCAUAAGGGGUUUGGCAGAUCAUAUAUAUAUCAGCAGUAGCAUAUAAUACUAUGUUGAACAUGGCUUCUGUAUAAUUGACCUCCUUUGCUGCUAGAUAUCAAGAAAAUGCUUUGCAAGAGGCUUUUGAAUCAA